CACAUAAUUUCCAUUAGAGCUGAAGCUGGGCAUAACUAAAACCAAAGCAGCAUCAGGAUCAAAACUCUAAUAUUUACUGAAAUACUGAGAGGAAGAAACAGCAGAAAGAUGAGUGCUGCUCAGAGUCAAACAACACUGGAGUCCCUGCAGUGCCACUUCACCUGGAACCUGGACCAAAGUAGACCCCGAUGUUUACGUCUCAGGGACAAGCUGGAGGACAUGGCUGCUGAGGAGGGAAACAGGUGGCUCGGCCAUACCUACAACCUACAGGGGUUCAUUCACUACAAGCUGGGGUUUAAUGAAGAUGCUAAGACUUCGUUCAACAAGGCUGCAGAGGCAUUCCAUGAGCUUAGACAUGCAGAUGAGGGUCCCUGGUUAUUGGUGAACUAUGGGAACCUGGCCUGGCUGCACCACCACCUGGGAGAUGAAGCUGAGAGUCAGGCUUACCUGUCAAAGAUUGAUGCCCUGAUGAAAAAUCACCCAUCUCCAUCCCAGGGCGAGCUCCAUCCAGAGGUCUACGCUGAAAAGGCCUGGACCCUGAUGAUCUUAAGAGGAGACUCAAAGCUUGUUGUUGAUUACUUUGAGAAAGCCAUCAGGAUGCAGCCGGACAUGGUGGAGUGGAACACCAGCCAUGUCUUGAGUUUAGUGAGUUUACAGGAUCACAGAAGCACGGGGGUGGAAGAUGACCUCUUAGAGAAAAUCAGACAGGCAAAGGAACAGGAUCCUGAGGACCUGUACCUUGCAGCCCACUACCUUGAGCAACGUGCCAAGAGAGGCGAAGGAAUUGAAGAUGAAGCACGUGAGUUUGCAAGAAACAAUUUUGGGUCUCUGGGCCGGAGCUACAAGGGUAUGAGAGCAUUACUGAAGGUUUACAAAUGUCACCUGUCUGUUGAUGAGGCCAUUGAUUUGGCAGAAAGGUUUCUGAAUAUACAUCCACAUAAACACGGCCUGAAGAUGUUAGCUGCUUUAUGCUACAGAUUGAAGCUUUUGCUACCAGGGAAUUGUCCCCCAGAACCAGCCAUGAUGGACAGAGCAAUCAGUCUACAUGAGGAAGUGGUCUCUCUUUACCCCCACUCUCCAUUCAAGAAGAAAAUAGACCUUGCAACUGUCUAUGCAAAGUCACGUCAUUACCAGGCACAGGCUGAGCAGAUAUUUGAGGAGCUGCUUCACAGUGAUCUGGAACCUGCAGACAAACAGUUCCUUUACAACGCCUACGCAAAGUAUUUAAACUAUGAUCUAUGGGAUUUCAAUAAGUCAGUACAAUAUCACAUGAAAGCAGCUGAAAUACCAGAAAAAAACCACUUCUCUGAGGAAAGCAUCAGAGUUUUGGAGAAGAUCAGAGACAAAGGAAAGCAUCCAAUGUGUCAAGAUAUAGAGGAGUUUCUUCAGAACUUGUAAGAGACAGAAAAGAAAAAAGAAUAUUCAAAGAAAUAAAGGGCUUUUAGAAAACUGUGGAACAGAAAGUGUAGAAAUUAUGGCAAUUUGGGGGGUUUAAUCUGGCCUCCACAACUGAAAAGAAAACUGGAAAUCUCAUCUCAAGCCAUUCAAAGAAUCUUUGUAAAUAAACUUACACUUGAUAUUUUUAAUGUUUUACUAUAAUUCCUACAUCCAGCCCAAAAAAUGUGUUAAUAUACAGCUAAGUUAUCAAUGGCAACACAUUUGGCGUUCAAAUGUCAACGCUGGUUUUACCUUCCUCUUGAAGUCGUGGAAUGGCUUCCUACUGAGGUACAGCAACACAACGUCGACAAAAGCACAACAGGAUGCUGCAGUAAGAAUGAAAAAAAAUAAAAAAGCACAAUCUGUUGAGUUUGGCUCUCUUUGUGACAACCUCUACUCUAAUGAUUCCCUGAGUAAUGGUUCCAAUCUGACAACAGCAGAAUGUAUAUUUAAUAUGUACCUUUAUGUUUUUAUAUGUAGAUUAUAAUGAUGGGCUUUGUCAUGAUGGUGUAUUGUCAAUACUUUGGGAAAGGUUUGUGUGAAUUGUGAUUCAGAUUUUGACUGAACUAGCUUUGUUAAACUCACAUGUAAUCAUUCAUAUGUUCCUAUCAUGUUUAUUUGUCUCUUUAACACUGUAUUUUAAGUGUAUACAGCACAUAAUGGACUCUUUGAAAGCUUAAAAACAACCUGAUUGGUAAUGUGAUAAAUUAUGUUCUGAUUGUUGAAUUUAGAUGCUGUGUUUUAUGUAA